UUUUAUGUUAAUAUGAAUGUUGAUUCAACGUCUUUACCUUCGGAGUUGUUGGUGGCACCACAGCCUCUAAUUGGAUUGUGUGGUCUCGAUAUCAAUCGCAAUGCCGUACACAAAACCAUAUGGGAUGCCUUUAGUAGUAAUCGCAAAGCUGAAAGGGCUUCGGUGCAAUUUAAAUUGUUGCCAAAUAAUUAUGAAUUUCCUGUGGCCAAACCAAAACGUAACUCCUAUGAAUGGUAUCAUCCAAAGGGUAUACUAAAACGCAACUGGAUGCUUAAACAUUUACAUGUGCUUCCAUCAGUGGUGGUUUUGUUUCAAGACAUAGAAUGGAACGACAGUCAAUGGACCGAGAAACAACUGCAAUGUGUUGCUGCCCUACAGACCCUGAAGAAUGCCUUACAGGAACGUAAUACUCGCAUAUGUUUGGUGCUUUUACAAAAAUCACCACCAUUACCACCUGGCGAGGAUAUGUUGGCGUCGGAAAGAGCGGCCAGCUUGACUACUGCAUGUGGUAUUAACAGUAAAAUGUUAUUUAUUUUACCACAUUCCGAGCAUUUAAUGGGUUAUGUCUUACGAUUAGAAUCUGCCUUUGUGGAUAUGGCUCAGUCAUACUACACACUUAUGUCGAAACGUAUACGAACACAUAGAGAUCAAUUGACAGCAGCUCAUACAACAUUAAAGAUACGUCAUCAAUUUAAAUUGGGUUUUGUUGCUGAAAUGCGUCAGGAUUUUAGCACAGCUUUAAAGCAUUAUACACAAUCGUAUACCACACUCGACGAAAUACGCAUCAAUGAUGGCAAUAAUUUGGAAAUAAAAACCAUUGCCGGUUUCUUAAAUUACAAAAUAUGUCGUUUAAUGUUUAAACUAAAAGUGCCACGUGAUUCAAUUAAUCAUUUCAUAAGUCACAUAGACAAAUAUAAAAAUCGUGUUGGUUAUAAGGAUUUAAUAUUUGAACAUUAUGCUUGGUUAAGUACCCAACAUUUUGUUUUUGCUGAGUUAUUUUGUGAAGCUAUUAAAAAUGGCCUGCCAGCAUUACAAACACAACAUCCGGGUAUUUAUUUUCAUAAGGCUGCCGAAUAUACGCAAAAACGAAAGGAAGCCUUUCUGCAAUGCACGGGCCCUUCAACCCCUACCGAGCCAGCCAACAAUUUUAAUGGCCAAGGCAGCAGUAAUAUAACAUCAUUAUAUACCGAAUAUUUCGGUAUACGAUCGUUGAAAUCUGGUGAACCCAUAACAGAACAACAAAUCAAUUCGAUGAUUAAGGAAAAUGAAAAACUUUUUAAUCAUUCGAGUUCCAUUAUAAAUCUUCUCAGUUUGGCAAUGGCUCAAUUUAAAAUCUACAAAUGUUUGAGAUUUCGUAAAAAAUUAGCCAUUGAUAUGGCUGAUGAGUACUUUAAAAGUGGUGAUCAUGGCAAAGCUUUAACAUUGUAUUCGUUAAUGUUACCGGAUUAUCGGCAAGAUAGAUGGGGUUCUUUAUUUUCGGAUGUUCUACUUAAGACAAUGAAAUGUGCUCUGCUAUCAGCUUCUAUACGAGAUUUCAUUUCAUGUAGCUUGGAAGCCUUGUCAUUCAAAAUUAAAUAUACUCCCAAUGAAAGAGUAAUGGUUUUGGAAAAUCUAUGGAAAGUUUUACAGGGUGAACCACCAAUACCACAAAAUCAAAAUGCGCCAGAAGUACGAGCACGUUGGGAAGAUUCAUUGAAAACUGUUAAAAGUCCAUUACAAAUUGAUAUGGAUAAACUUACCGAUCUUAUGGAAAUUUGCACUACAUUUGAAAAGUUGGAAUUAACAAAUGAUGAUGUCAUCAAAUUAAAUAUUAUACUAAGACUACAAACUGAUGUUCCAAUCAAAAUACGCAAUUUACAAGUGAUAAUAACCGAUGGUAGCAACAACUAUAAACUACAGCCAACACAUAUAUCCAAAUAUUCAGAUAUUUUAGCUUUACGAAAACUCAAUGACCCCGCCAACAAUAUCCAACAGCCGUAUGAACAAAAUCUAAAAUUGGAGCCAUCAUUCUAUCACAGUUUCUCAUUUACCACGGAGGCUCAACAAUUUUUGGAAAAUACUCAAUUACGUGUAGUGCGCAUAGAAAUACUUGUCGGCACAGAUAGCUUGUCUAUGUUGCUGUAUAAAAGUGCACCCUAUAUGAAUAAUGCCUUUCGUUACCACAAUCGUAAUCGUGAUUUGGAUGACAACAUUAUAAUCAAUCCAAUUUGUUAUAUCCCACCCCUCUAA